CAAACAUAACAAAAUUUGAGAAACAAUCUCUUGAAAAACCUAGUCCUUAUGUCUCAGAUCAUUCAACUCCAACUUCUGAUUGGAGCGUGCUAAUAUGUCACAAAUCAAGAGUCAACGCAAGUCAUUUCACUAUUGAAGAAUUGAAACGAAAGUUGAAAGAUUAUGAUAUUGAUACAAUAAGCAUAAAUAAUAGAGCUAUAUUACCAGGGAUUUUACAAAAUAGAUUAGAUAAAGAAAUAUCAGAACAAAAUAAAGACACAUCAAAUACUGAAACUGCCAGCACUAAUUCAGAUUCAAAAUAA